AUGGAGUACAUUAACCAGUACUACUGCAAAUGUAUUUGUCUGGCCUUUAUCUUCAUUUUGGGAGCUUUGUCUUCUCAAGCCACCUCUCGCACUCUCCAAGAUGCAUCAAUGUAUGCGAAAUACGAGCAAUGGAUGGCUAGUUAUGGACGUGCAUAUGCUGACAUAAAUGAGAAGGAGAAGCGCUUCAAUAUUUUCAAGGAAAAUGUGGCGUUCAUAGAAUCUUCCAACAACGAUGCAAACAAACUUUACAAAUUGAGUGUCAAUCAAUUUGCAGACCUUACGAAUGAAGAAUUCAAAGCCUCGAGAAAUGGAUUCAUGGGGCACGAAUGUUCCACAAAGACGACUGCUUUCAAAUAUGAAAAUGUAACCGCACCACCAACUGUAGAUUGGAGAAACAAAGGAGCUGUGACACCAAUCAAGGACCAAGGCCAAUGCGGAUGUUGUUGGGCUUUUUCAGCUGUGGCAGCCAUGGAAGGGAUUACUAAGCUUACAACUGGUAAACUGAUAUCUUUGUCUGAGCAAGAGCUGGUUGAUUGUGACACAAGCGGUGUGGACCAAGGUUGCGGGGGUGGUUUGAUGGAUGAUGCAUUUCAAUUCAUUAAUAAAAACCAUGGACUUAGUACCGAGACUAAUUAUCCUUACACGGGUGUUGAUGGUACUUGCAACACCAAGAAGGAGGCCAGCCAUGCAGCCAAGAUAACUGGCUACGAAGAUGUGCCUGCAAAUAGUGAAGAAGCCCUUUUGAAGGCUGUUGCAAAUCAACCAAUUUCUGUUGCCAUUGAUGCUGGAGGUUCCGAUUUUCAAUUCUAUUCAAGCGGUGUCUUUACAGGAACCUGUGGAACAAGUCUAGAUCAUGGGGUUACCGCCGUUGGUUAUGGAAUUAGUGCUGAUGGUACCAAGUAUUGGUUGGUGAAGAACUCAUGGGGCACCCAAUGGGGUGAAGAAGGAUACAUAAGAAUGCAAAGAGGUGUUAAGGCAAAGGAAGGUCUUUGUGGCAUUGCUAUGGAAGCUUCUUACCCCACUGCAUAA